ACCUUACAUAGCUCUUACAUUUCAUAGCUACUCAACCCUGGUUAUACUUUUCGGCUGGCCCUCAUCAAUCUCCCAGUUCUCUCAUUCCUUGCGCUAUAUGUCAAUUCGAAGCCAAUAUCCAAUUCACUCGAAGUUCGCGUGCACCGCAUAAGCGGCAAAAUCACCAGACAUUCCCUCGACGACCGCGUCUUGUCCAACACCAUCUGGAGCAAGUCCGACAACGCCCGCAUCCGCGCCUGCUUCGAGCACUUCAAAGACUGCGACCAGGCUCAUAAUAUCGCCACCUGUCGUUUUCACAAGAAACAGCGAGAGCACGCCACACGCUGUACGCAUUUCAUUGACGCAUCCAGACCGCUAAAACACGCCCUAGUAAUGCAACAGAAACCGAGGCCCCCGUAUUGUGAGGAUGCGAGGAGGCCAUUUGAUCCGGACGUAUUUUUCCACAACUGGACUUUGGGGAAGUAUACGAAAGACCCGGGGACUUUUCGGAAUUUUAUUUCAAACUGUUUUAAUCUCUCGGAUAGUGACAGCUAUGAGUAUAAGGCCCUGGGGACGACGACUUUGGGACUGACGCAGGUGGCGAUUGACGCGAAAAGAAAGAACGGUUUGCAUGAUUGGUAUCACGAUGAGAAUGGGAUAAAUGUGCAAGAUCCCCCCACCCUCGACCAAAUCCACGAUUACUGCAAGCUCUUUACCCCAGAAGUCUCCCUCCCCAGCGCCCUCCGUGGCUUUCGAUCCAACGCAAAAAAGGACACCCUCUCCCGAUCUAUUGCGGACCACUUAGCCUCCCGCUUUCACAACGCCACAACCGGCCUCCUACCUUCUAACAAGAAGCGUCUCCACGACAAUCCCUACCUCACCUUCUGGGUCUACAGUUGCCAAGAACUUGAAUGGGCCGGCCCUUGGCCAAAUUCCCUUUACACGAAAGCCUCGCACCAUAUCCUGCCGAUUUUCUACCACCAUUUUGGCUGCGCGGUGCCCACUUUCUCCGCGCUCUGGGUGAUUGCUAAGCUCGCGCAACCCUCGAAACCGUCAAAGGAGCCAGUAAAACCGAUCCUAGAUAUUGGUAGUGGAAACGGUUACUGGACGUACUUGCUCCGGAAACUCCCGCUGGAUUCCAGUAUGAAGGAGCUAGAGGUUUACCCAAUCGAUAACGGAACCAGUGAGUACCGUGUCAUGUGGAUCCCGGACACAAUUCCUAUGUCAGGCAUCAAAUUCCUCAAUACCUACCACUACGAAGGUCUCACGAUCGACAGCGGAAAGAACUGCAUCCUGCUACUCGUGUACCCCCAAGCUACGGGUGAUUUCACGAGCGGGAUUUUGAAGAAGUUUCAGGGUGAUACGAUUGUUGUUGCUGGUACGCAGAAUGAGAAUGGGUUUACCGGGUUUAAGAACCAGACGGUGGAGGGUUGGAUGGGGGAGUGGAAGAAGGAGUUUGAGCUGGUGUUGAGGAUGCCGUUACCGAGUUUUGCGGGGAAAGAUGAGGGCUUGUUUGUUUUUCGGAGGGGAAGGGUGGAGGGCUUCGGCCGGGAGCUGGGGUUGGUGAGUCUGAAGGGGUAG